AUGAUCGUGAGCAGAGUCGGGUCCGGAUCCGAAAAGCACGAAAAGAACAACCAGACUAGCUACACGGAGCGAGACAUGCUGCUCCGCUGGAGGCUGGAGCAGGCGGUGGUGGUGGCGGACGGACUCAGCAUCCCCCACUUUGCGCUGGAUCACAACAUCACCCUGGAGGACUGCGCGGAGACCUACCGCACAGGCAUGUUCCCGUGCCUGAAAGCGACGUUCACGCUGAGCCGGCAGAUGGGCUACUACGUGACGCAGCUCUACGUGCCCAGCCUACUGCUCGUCAUGGUCUCGUGGCUCUCGUUCUGGAUCAACAAGGAGCCGGCCCCGGCACGCGUCGGCAUCGGCACCAGCACCAUCCUCAGCAUGAUCACCAAGAGCACGGGCUCGCGAGCCAUGCUGCCCAAGGUGACGUACACGACCGCGAUGGACGUGUGGAUGGACACGUGCCUCAUCUUCCUCAUCGCCGUGCUGGUGGAGUACGCGCUGGUCCAGGCCACGGCGCGCAGGUUCAGGGACCCCAAGGUCAUCAAGAACAGCAAGGAGUCUAUGUCCGACCUUGAGGAGCGCUACCUCCGGCAGGCGGUGAUGGUGGACGUGAAGGCGCGUUUCGUGUUCCCCGCGGCGUUCCUCGCCUUCAACGCCGUCUACUGGGUCACCUGCGUGGUGGGACUCAAGUUCCUGCAGUGAAGACGCGGCACAGGAGACCGCAGAGACACCGCAGAGA